CACUCACAAGCGAUCGCAUCAUUACAACAACACCACCAACAGCAACAGCACCGCUCACGCAGUGACCGCAGUCCGCGAUGCGGGAGGCGCUGGUGGCCAGCUAUGUGGUGAAGCAGGGGCAGAUACACCGAGCCUGGCGAAGGCGGUGGAUGUGCCUGUACAGGGAUGGCGUGAUUGAGUACCAGGUGGACAUGGGUAGGCCGAUUCGCGGGCGCAUCGACAUGCGGGACGUGAAGGAGAUCGUGCGUGGAAAGGACUGCGCUGACAAAGCUUGGCCGCACGCGGCACCCAAGUGGCCACGCUUCUGCUCUCAAAACACCAUGUUUGCCCUCAUCACGGAGCACCGCACAUACUACCUGUACACAUUCACCCCGCGCGACGCCUUUGCGUGGAUCGCCCAGCUUGAGCGCACGCAGUUUGAUCUCGUCAACGAAGCAAGCAGCUGCAAACCCCGUACCUUCUCCGUCUCCAUUGCAGACGUGAAAGACGUGCGAAUACCGGCGUACCUGCCAGAGGAUGUGGCUCACGACAUGACACUGGCACUGGAACGCCCGUCUGCGCACAUCUCAUGCUGUCGCGCCACAUUCACCGCCACGCCUUCCAUGUUGGCUACAACCAUCACUGAGACCGGGGUAUUGCAUGGCCAGGAAACCCCUGUGGACGCUGCAACCACACACGUCCUGUACCGGCGAGACUGCAGCCCCAUCAUGGCAGUCACGCUGACUGCGCUGGCCACAACCUUCGAAGGCAUCAACUUCGCCGGCGUCCUCACUGUCACACACAAGGACCAGCCAGAGCCAAUCCGCGUGUAUCUCCCUGGGAUGUUUACCUAUGACCCUGCUGGGGCCACGGGAACCCAACACGACGAGAGCGUGAGCGAAGAGCACGCUCGGGUGCACAUGCACAUCGUCGCUGCGGAGAUGGCUGCGAUUCUGCAACAUGCCUCCCUCGAGGACAUCAACAAGCUGCACGCUUCCUUUGAUUCGCUUGUGCGCGAGUGCACUGGGCGACCCCUCUUGCACAUGUGGAUGCACCACCAGCUCGUCUCAGCCUUCAUCCACGGCAAACACCCGCAGUCGUAUGCAGAAUUCAUUGCUGCGACAAUCGCUGAGCGCCCUGCAGACCGCGGCGUGAACCUUCAGGACCCUUCGCACGCGCACACAACCGCCUACCUUGCAUCGCGCACGGAUAGUGAUGCACAGGCGCCGCCUCAGUUCUUUGCUGCACUCGUCCACAACGGGAUGAGGUUGGCGCAGCUGGUCGGGCUCGCCCAGUUUCGCCUGCUGCAAAGGAUGGCUGAGCCUGAAUCGAUGGAGGAGCUCAAGUCGUGCAAUCCGGCGCCGGCCGCUCUCGUCGGCGCAGACGCGUUGCGCGCAGCCCUCAUGCUGUGCACCAUCCACGAGGCCGAGAAGCUGCGGUGCUGCUGGCGUGUGGAUCCGGCGUCCACCACACAGUCACGAACCCGUGACUCACCAACACAGGACGCAGCAACUGCAGAGAGCGAAGCCCCUGGUGAUGGCAACGAUGGUGACGCCAAAGCAAAGCGCGGUGGUGAAGUGGGUGGUGUUGUUGGUGCAGACAACAGCAGCGCAAAGGUCACGGUUGGCAGUGGUUCGACGAUGCACGUGCGUGUGAGAGCCACUGCUUUGGAAGAUGACGACGUGGUGCGUGCAGACGCCACAGUCUCGGUGAAUGUGCGGCCGCAGCCCGCCACAGCAAGCAGCGAACCAGCGACAGUGGCGCCGCCUUUCCACUUGCGAGAUGAUGUAUCUGUCUCGUUUUCACGUGAAGGCGUGCAGUGCGAAGGCAUCGGCUUUGCCGGCUCCAUCACCGUCCGCCGUGCUGAUAAUGGCCCACCGAGGGUUGUGCUGGUGCCUGGUGUUCGCACAUACGACAUUGCAGGCAAGACUGGAGGCACACGCGCUUCAGAGAGGGUUGGCGAGGCGGAUGUCCGGUUUUUGAGCAGCGUGAUCGUGUGUGAACUUGUGGCGGCCCUCCAUUCCGCAACGGCAGCAGAGCUCGACGUCAUGAGCGCUGCGUUUGCCGAGAUGAACACGGCGUUUCAUGGACGGCCCACACUCGCUGCUUGGCUCCACAACCAAGUCGUGCGCAGCAUGUGUGGGGCUGAACACGCGACCACAUCAACCCACGACACCAAAGUGACUGAUGCCGAACACAGCGCCGACAUGACUGAGGCUGCGUCUUACGCAUUGUUUCUUCGCAGCACGCGAGAUGUGUCACAGCUGUCGCCGCAAGCACAUCUUACCGCUUACUUGGCCAGUUUGGACGCAGGCUCCCCACAGCCGCCACUCGCAUUCCUCGCCACAUGCUUCAGAGCGGAAAACUUGGGGAAGGUGCUUCCAUUGGCACAAGCGAGGUUGCUGGAGACGCUGGUGCGAGAAAUGGACGAGCAAGGAGAGACUGCGUAGCCGAAUCAUCUCCCCAGAUCACGUGCGUUGACACACACACACACGCACGCACGCACGCACGCACACGCACGCACGCACACGCACGCACACAUUCACACACACACACACACACACACAUUCACACACACACGCACACUCCAGUUUGCCUUGUGGUUUAGAUUACGCGCGUGAGUUUUCUGCUAGUGCUGCUGUUUCGUACUGUCCUUGAUACAAGGAGUGAUAUGUAUCCGACCAAGAACAAUAGAGUCGUGGAGACAUCCAACACAUGUCCA